AUGUUGGGUCGUUUAAGAACUGUUGUCAAAGCUUCAUCAUCAAAUUCAAUUAGAAAUUAUCUUGGAUAUACAUCAGGAGUUCAAAAAAAAACAGUUACAGUUAUUCCAGGUGAUGGUAUUGGUCCAGAGAUUACAUCAUCAGUUAUGGGUGUAUUCCAAGCAGCCAAAGUACCAAUUGAAUGGGAAAUUUUCGAUAUUAGUGGUGGACAACCAAUUUCACAAGAAUUGAUUGCAUCAAUUACUAGAAAUAAAGUUGCAUUAAAGGGACCACUUUACACUGAGAUUUUAUCAGGAUCUCAAUCAAGAAAUAUGGAACUUAGAAAAGCAUUAGAUUUAUAUGCUCACGUUGUACCAUGCAAACAAAUUCCAGGUAUCACCGCACGUCACGACGAUGUUUUAGUUGAUUUUGUUGUCAUUAGAGAGAACACCCAAGGUGAGUACAGUGGUCUCGAACAAGUAUUGACACCAGGUGUAGUCCAAUCACUUAAAAUCAUAACCAAAGAAGCAUCAGAACGUAUUGCUCGUUACGCAUUCGAAUAUGCCAAAGCAAACGGUAGAAAGAAGGUAACAGCCGUUCACAAAGCAAACAUUCAAAAACAAACCGAUGGUCUCUUCCUUGCAACUUGCACUCAAAUCGCCAAAGAGUAUCCAGAAAUUAAAUUUGAAAACACCAUCAUUGAUAAUUGUUGUAUGCAAUUGGUUAAAUCACCAGAACAAUACGAUGUUAUGGUCACUCCAAACUUAUAUGGUAAUAUUGUCUCAAAUAUUGGUGCUGCUUUAGUUGGUGGUCCAGGUUUGGCUGGUGGUGCAAAUGUUGGUGAGGGAAGUAUUAUUUUCGAAAUGGGUGCUCAUCACGUCGCUGCUGAUAUCGCCGGUAAAGAUAAAGCAAAUCCAACCGGUUUAUUAUUAGCCUCUGUUAUGAUGUUAAAACAUUUAGGCUUAAAUGAACAUGCUACCAAAGUUGAAAAUGCCGUUAAAGCCGUCAUUAAAGAAGGUACCUUAACUUCUGAUAUCGGUGGUAAAUCUUCAACUAAACAAUUCACUGGCGCUGUCAUUGAUUACAUUGAAAAAAAUCAAAACUAA